AUCUUCAAUCCAUGUGCAGAGUUGUUCAUCGCUUUAACCCAAACCAAACUAAGUAUCAAUUUUGCGGAUAUAUAAUCUGUAUAAUCUAAUCUGUCCCAAUGGACAUGUGAAGAAUCGAGAUUACAGUGAACGUUUACAAAAAUACAGGCGUUUAACACGGAGGAAUUUUACCAGGGAUUUUUCCCGCUUUGGAUUCGUACCACGUGACAAGAAACAAAACGAGUGAUUAAAAUGGGAGACCUCUAAAUAGUCUUUUAAGACAAGACUGGCUGUCAGCUGAGCUGCAGUAUGUCAGAGCAGCGAGAAAAAGACCCUCCAGAGAUGAGGCCCUCAGAGAAACACAGCCACAGGAAAGGUUCAGGUUCACAUGUGUCCAGCUCUGUGUCUGUGAAGAGUGACCAUUCAAAGGAUGGUGACAUACCAAACUUCAGUAUGAAUACAAAAUCACGCAAAAGGAAAAGAUCAGGUGUGUCCAGCUGUGUGUCUAUGAAGAGUGACAACUCAAAAGAUUUCAACGCACCAAACUUCAGUGGGAAUAAAGUGUCUUUCAAAAGGAAAAGAUCACGUUCACGUGUGUUCAGCUCUUCGUCAGAGGAUGAACACAUGCCAAACCUCAGUGAAGAAACACGCUCAUCUCUCAAAAGGCCUAAUUGUUUGGAUUCAGUCUUCAAGAAACUUGAGAACAAAAUCAAUAAUUUUGUGAAAAGUGAACUAAAAAAGUUUAAGUUUAUAUUAGAAAAUGAAUGCACACAAGACAUUGUAAACUACAUUAAUGGGAAUAAAUGCAAAGCAGCAGCUCUUGAUCUCACAAUCCACUUCCUGAGAGAGAUGAAAAAAGAUGAAGCUGCUGCUACUCUUAAAGAUAUGCUGAUCGCCAUUCCUAAGUUAAAAUGUAAUCUGAAGGAGAAGUUUCAAUGUGUGUUUGAAGGAAUUGCAAAGCAAGGAGACUCCACACUUCUGAAUAACAUCUACACGAAUCUCUACAUCACUCAGGGUGAUAGUGAACAGAUCAACACUGAACAUGAGGUGAGACAGAUUGAAGUUGCUUCCAGACGUCAUGAAUCACAAGAGGUUCAGAUUGAAUGCAAACGUUUGUUUGAAGCACCUGAACAAGACAAGCAGAUCAGAACUGUACUGACAAAAGGAGUUGCUGGCAUCGGGAAAUCAGUCUCUGUGCAAAAGUUUGUUCUGGAUUGGGCUGAAAAAAAAGAAAAUCAAGACAUCAACUUCAUAUUUCCUCUUCCAUUCAGAGAGAUGAACUUAAAGUUGAAAGAAAAUCUAAGUUUGAUGGAUCUUAUAACUCACUUUUUCCCAGAGACAAAAGGACUGAACCUUACAAGAAGGAAUCAAUUCAAAGUCCUGAUCAUCCUUGAUGGAUUGGAUGAAUUUCGUCUUCCUUUAAACUUUGCUGGUAAGGAGACUUGUCAUGAUGUAUCGACAGCAGUCUCUCUGGAGGUUCUUCUGACGAACCUCAUCAAGGGUAAUCUGCUUCCUUCAUCUCUCAUCUGGAUCACCACUAGACCAGCAGCUGCCAGUAAGAUUCCUCCUGACUGUAUCGACCGGGUGACAGAGAUUCGAGGAUUCAAUGAUGCACAAAAGGAGGAGUACUUCAGAAAAAGACUCACAGAUGAGAUUCAGGCCAAAGAAAUCAUUGAUCAUGUUAAAAAAUCAAAAAGUCUCUUCAUCAUGUGCCACAUCCCAGUCUUCUGCUGGAUCUCAGCCACUGUGCUCCAGAACAUUUUAGAGGAGAAAAAGAAUAAUGAUGUGAUCGUCAAUCAGGCUGGUGUUGCCUCCAAAACACUGCAGAAAUCAAAUACUGAAGACACUCCCAAGACUCUGACACAGAUGUACACACACUUUCUCCGCUUUCAAAACCUUCAGAGCAGACGAAAGUAUAAUGGAGAAAACACACCAGAUGCUUCCUGGGACAAAGACACUAUUCUUUCAUUGGGGAAACUGGCAUUUCAUCAACUGGAAAGAAGCAACAUGAUCUUCUAUGACAGAGACCUGGAGGACUGUGGUAUUGAUGUCUAUAAGGCAUCAGUUUGCUCAGGCAUGUGUACCCAAGUUUUUAAGAAGGAAACAGGGAUCAUUCUUGGUACCAUGUAUUGCUUUGUUCACUUGAGCGUUCAAGAAUUUAUUGCAGCUCUUUAUGCACAUUUAAUUCUAGACACCAACAAGAAAAGUGUAUUUGAUCAAGACUCUACAGAACAGGGAAACCAAAAUCAAUCCAUGAUUGAUUUGCUCAAGACUACUGUGGACAAGGCACUUGAGAGUGACAAUGGACACCUGGACCUUUUCCUUCGGUUCCUUCUUGGACUUUCACUCAAGUCCAAUCGACACCUUUUACAAGGCCUUUUGACACAGCAAGAUGACAUUGACCAGAGCAAAGAGGAAAUAGUAAGGUACAUCAAACAGAAGUUUGAAGCUGAUAUUACUCCAGAGAGAUCCAUCAAUCUGUUCUACUGUCUGAAUGAACUGAAUGACCAAACUCUAGUUAAAGAGAUUCAGACCCACCUUAGCAGAGGAAGCCUCUCAUCUGUUGAUCUUUCACCUGCCCAGUGGUCUGCUUUGGCCUUUGUGUUGUUGACAUCAGAGGAGAAGUUAGAGGAGUUUGAGCUUCAUAAAUUCAAGAAAUCAGAUGAGUGUCUCAUUAGACUAUCACCAGUCAUCAAAACCUCCAAACGGGCUCUGCUUAAAUGUUGUAACUUAACAUACAGAAGUUGUUCAGCUCUGGCUAAAGUUCUUGAAUCAGAUACCAGUCUGAAAGAGCUGAACAUGAACAACAAUAAUCUACGGGAUUCAGGAGUGAAGCUGCUCUGCACAGGACUGAAGGAUGGAAAAUGCGAGUUGGAAAUACUGAGACUCUCUAACUGUAGCAUCACAGAAGAAGGUUAUAAAGCUCUGGCUUCAGCUCUGAGAUCAAACCCUUCACACCUAAAAGAGCUGGAUCUCAGAGGAAACGAUCCUGGACAAUCAGGAGUGAGGGAGCUCAGCGAUCUACUACAGGACCCAGACUGUCAGCUCAACACACUGAGGUUUUUGAGUCCCGCUGCAGAUCAAGCCUGUCAGUUUGUGUCUGGAUUUGUGGGUCAAAACCCAUUAUUGCUGAAAGAACUGAAUCUGAGUGGACUUACGCUAGGAGACACACAAAUGAAUCAACUGGCUGCUCUACUGCAGGAUAAACACUGUCGGAUCAACACACUCAUACUGAAUAAUAACAGUAUUACUGCAGAAGGUUGUGCCGCUCUGACCUCAGCAUUUAAUUCCAACCCUUCAAACCUGAAAACGCUGUAUCUGAGUGGAAAUAAGCUAAGAAACACAGGAAUAUUAAAGAUCUGUUGUCUGUUGGAAAAUACACAAUGCAGAUUGGAGAAACUGGAUCUUUCAGACUGCAGUGUGACAGAAGAAGGUUAUAAAGCUCUAGCUUCAGCUCUGAGAUCAAACCCUUCACACCUGACAGAGCUGGAUCUCAGAGGAAAUGAUCCUGGACAAUCAGGAGUGAAGGAGCUCAACGAUUUACUACAAGACCCAAACUGUCAGCUCAACACACUGAGGUUUUUGAGUCCCGCUGCAGAUCAAGCCUGUCAGUUUGUGGGUCAAAAUCCGUUACUUGGGAAUGAAUUGAAUCUGAAUGGACAAAAGCUUGGAGACACACAAAUGAAUCAACUGGCUGCUCUACUGCAGGAUAAACACUGUCGGAUCAACACACUCAUACUGAAUAAUAACAGUAUUACUGCAGAAGGUUGUGCCGCUCUGACCUCAGCAUUUAAUUCCAACCCUUCAAACCUGAAAAAGCUGUAUCUGAGUGGAAAUAAGCUAAGAAACACAGGAAUAUUAAAGAUCUGUUGUCUGUUGGAAAAUACACAAUGCAGAUUGGAGAAACUGGAUCUUUCAGACUGCAGUGUGACAGAAGAAGGUUAUAAAGCUCUAGCUUCAGCUCUGAGAUCAAACCCUUCACACCUGACAAAGCUGUAUCUCAGAGGAAAUGAUCCUGGACAAUCAGGAGUGAAGGAGCUCAACGAUUUACUACAAGACCCAAACUGUCAGCUCAACACACUGAGGUUUUUGAGUCCCGCUGCAGAUCAAGCCUGUCGGUUUGUGGGUCAAAAUCCGUUACUUGGGAAUGAAUUGAAUCUGAAUGGACAAAAGCUUGGAGACACACGAGUGAAUCAACUGGCUGCUCUACUGCAGGAUAAACACUGUCGGAUCAACACACUCAUUCUGUGGACAUGCAGCAUUACAGAAAAACAGUGUAUCACCCUAACUUCAGCUCUAAAAUCAAACCCAUCACACCUGAGAGAGCUGGACCUCGGCGUGAAUAAAAUAAACAAAGCAGUGAAUCACUUAUGUAACCUAAUAAAGGAUUCACGCUGUGAACUGGAGAGACUGAGGUUAAGAGGCUGUGAAAUCACACAAGAAGGUUGUUCUGCUGUAACUUCAGCUCUGAAAUCAAACCCAUCACACCUGAGAGAGCUGGACCUGGCUCAGAAUCCACUUGGAGACCUUGGAGUGAAAAACCUCAGUGAUUUACUGAUGAAUCCACAAUGCAAACUGGAGAGAUUAUAUCUGUGUCAUUGCAGCAUUACAGAGAACCAGUGUUUCAUCCUGACUUCAGCUCUGAAAUCAAACCCUUCGCACCUGAGGGAGCUGAACCUCAAUGGGAACAAAAUAAAAAACACAGGAGUGAAUUAUUUAUGUGACGUACUGAAGGAUUCACGCUGUAAACUGGAGAGACUGAGACUAUAUGAAUGUGGCAUUACAAGUGUUUCGUCUUUAACUCAGUGUUUGAUAAACACAAAAGCCCUGGACUUUUUAAAGGAGCUCGAUCUGAAUGUAAAUAGCAUAGCAGACUCAGAGCUGCAGCGGCUCACUGAUGUGACAAAGGACUCAAACUGUGAACUGAGGUGA